AUGGCGGGCCCUCGCUACUUGUUUGACCCCGACACUGGUCUGCUGACGCGCGCCGGCGAGGGCGCCGCCAGGAGCGGAGCCGCCCCGACGCGUCGCUUUGUGGAGGACUGGCGGACGGGCGCGUUCUACCCGGUGCAUGCUGGCGGCGAGGGCGGCUGCGGGGCAUGGCUCAGGUGGCGGCUGGCGCGUCGGCCGCGUGACUGGGAGGCGGAGGAGGAGGGGGGACUGCUGAAGGGCAUCACAGACUUUGCUGACACGAUGGGCCACUGGAGCGGGGUGCUCGGCAUGUUUGCACAGGGCCUGUGCGGCGGCCUGGCGCUGCUUGGGUUCUUCCAGACGUACUUGCUAUCUGCAGCAGCGGGGCCCGAGGCAUUCCUGGCGACCUACUCGCCCGUCGCGCAGCAGGUCAACCGCGCCUACCUCGGGCUUCUGAGCCUGAGCAUGGUGGCAGCCGCCAGCCGCAUGGCGUUCGACCGGAUAGGCGGCUUUGAACCCCUCGGCCUGAGGCUGCGCGUCGUGGAUGCCGCGACGAUGGCCUUGUUUGUUGUGGCGUACGUUAUAAAUCUGGUGGCGACGCCGAUGGAUGAUCAGCUCACUUACGAGGCCGCGCGCUCGCCCGGCUACUGGCAGCUUCCGCUGCUGCGAGCGUUCCAGUCGCGCCUGGCGCUGUGGCACGUGGCCAACCUCGCGCGCGUCUGCGCGUGCGGCGCGGCGUGGGGGCUGGUGUGCUACCGGGCGUCGCCGCGCGUGGUGGGCGCGGUGUACGCGUCGCGGGGCGCGGGGCAGGGGGGGCGGGCGCCCUGCACGCUGCCGGCGGCGGCGGCGACGGCGGCGGGCGGCCAGCAGUACGGCAGUGGUGCGCUCCCGUCGGUCGCAAUCGGGUGA